AAACAAACGGUGUACGUGAACAGCUGACGGUAGCUGCGUGUGCGCGCUUCGGAGUGUGUGUUUUUCGUGCGCGCGUGUGUAGUACUGUGUGUAUGUGCGAAUUGUCCUUUUGAAUAUUCUUUUAGUUCGUUGAAAUAUCCUACGCGAGCCGUGGAAACAUCUAAAGGAAAUAUUUAUUACAGCUUUCUUUGAUUCUCGAGCUGCUCAAAUAUCGACUCACCAAAAUGUUACGCAUACCGGCCACGAUGCUCCGUCGUUCUUCCCGAGGGUAUUGUGUAAGCAAACACGGUACAGCAUUACCAAAACGUCGUAUCAGUAGCUCGUCCUUGAUCGACAUCGCACCGGAAGUGCGCGAAACCCUCCGGCACACGCCACAGUUGGUAGUGGCAUUAGAAUCAACCAUCAUUACACACGGAAUGCCGUAUCCGCACAAUCUCGACACGGCGCUAGAGGUGGAACAGAUCGUACGGCAGCAGGGAGCAGUUCCCGCCACGAUAGCGAUUGUCGGAGGUCGCAUAAAGGUGGGCCUAGCAGCGGAUCAGUUGCGGUUGCUGGCCCGUAACGAUAGUGGCACACAAACGCUAAAAACGUCCCGUCGGGAUAUGGCGUACGUAAUGGCGACGGGUCGAAACGGUGGCACAACGGUUGCGGGUACACUGCUUGUCGCUGAUGCCGUCGGUAUACGUAUCUUCGCGACCGGCGGCAUCGGUGGAGUGCAUCGCGAAGGCGAACGGACGAUGGACGUUUCGGCGGAUCUGAUCGAACUUGGCCGCUGCCCGGUGGCGGUCGUAUCGAGUGGCGUAAAGUCAAUCCUGGACAUACCGCGAACGCUGGAAUAUCUGGAAACUCAAGGCGUAUGCGUUACCACCUACGGCAGCGAGGACUGUGAAUUUCCCGCCUUCUACACACGCUCCAGCGGUUCAAAGGCGGCCUACAAUCUUACCAGUGCAACCGUCGCUGCCAAGAUGCUUCACAUGAACCGUGCGCUUGGGCUCGGGUCAGGAAUUCUAAUUGGCGUGCCGAUACCGGAACGCUACGCAAUGGAUGCCGCCGAGAUGAAUGCGGUGAUUGCAGAAGCGCUCGGAGACGCGGAACGCAAAAGAAUUCAGGGCAAAGAAGUAACGCCAUUCAUACUCUCUGCCGUUUCAGCGUUGACGCGUGGGAAAAGCCUAGAUGCAAAUAUGGGUUUGAUAAAAAAUAACGCACAUGUUGCCGCUGACAUUGCGGUGGAACUUGCACGCCUUGAAAAUGGCUCGUCGGAGAUGGAGCGGAAAGAUGAUACCUCAUUGGCUGCUGAUGGUGCUGGUGCUCCGCUCAUCAUCGGCGGUUCAGUAAUUGACAUUUGCAUCAGUGUCUUGGAAGAUGACCUAAAGCUCGAUGGGGCCACGUACCAUGCCAAGCAGGACUCGUCGGCGGGCGGUGUAGCACGGAACAUAGCCGAAGGGAUUUACAAAAUUUAUGGUAACGUUAAUCUGAUUUCGGCGGUUGGCAACGAUCAAAAUGGGGUCCACAUUCGUAAGCUGCUGCCAGAACAUUGCGCAUCAUCGAUUGUUACGCUUGGCAACUGCCCAACGGCCAGCUUUACGGUGUUGCUUGAUCGGAAGGGCGAUUGUCAGCUGGUAGUGGGUGACAUGGAGGCCCACAAAGCGAUAACACCGGACUGGAUCAAAUCACAUAGCGAAUUGAUCCAACAAUCGCCGAUGACUGUUAUUGAUGCAAAUAUUAGUGAAGCAGCAAUGAUAACCGUGUUUGAAGAAUGUAUCCGUUAUAACAGACCAGUUUUCUUCGAACCCACGGAUAUGCGGAUUGCGGCUAGACCGUUCUACAGCGACAAUGCCAAAUUGACCAUCCUCGCAAAGCGUGCCAUCAAAUUCAUCUCUCCCAACAUUCACGAGCUGGCCCAAAUUGCCCAAGCUCUUCACUAUCCCGGUUCGAUUCCGACCAAAUCCAUGAACGAGUACGGCACAGUCAAUGAGCUACUUGCUGACGUUAGACCGCUUGGACUGUUCGUGAGUGAGACCAUCGAUCACGUGCUCGUUACGCUUGGCCAUUACGGUGUGGCGGUAUUUCGGCGCACUUCACCAACGGUUCCAUUCUUCAAUUCGGCCCACCAAUAUCAACCGAUAAUGGACGGUUCCGGCACACAAGGUCGCUUCUAUCCUGGACGCAAACACGCCCAAAUCGUGAACGUUUCCGGUGCGGGGGAUAGUUUCACGAGUGGAUUCAUUGCUGGCGCUCUUGCCGGCCGGUCCGAACCGGUGUGCGUGAAUGUGGCCCUUGAGGCGGCCGGUUGUGCUCUACAGUCUCGUGGUGCGGUAGCGGAUCAAUACUUCAACCGGACACAUCCAUGCUGGUUGAAUGAAGAGGGAGCCCCAUUUCGACCGUUAGACCAAUAAUGUACAACAUUUGGAGUUUGUGACGUAGCCAUGAAAAAUAGGUUCAACAUUUUUACCUCACCAAGAGCGCACCAGACGAAACCAUAGCAAUGGGAAAGUAGCUCCUAAAAUAUGAUCUUAGUAUAGGAAAAAUAAGUUCCCUCGCUAACCGUUGCUUAGCAGCAAAAUCGGUUUUGUGGGCGACAUUUAGUAUGAAUCACCGUGGUGAUUCAAGUAAACGGUAAGGGAGGUUUUACAGCCAGCCAACAUGCCAAACAAUUCUGGAACCCUCUCCAUCUCCAUCGCAGCUAGUCGAAGCGGUUCUAUGGGAUUUGUAUUGUGUUUUGUUCUAGCGUUAUGCAACGCAACGGCAUCGGAAAAAAGCAGUAUCACACAGCACAAAGACAAUUAUUUCACACACUACAUGCUUUUGAGUUGUAAGGAAGGAAUCGCGAGAUAGAUUUAUGAUCGAUGCGAGAUAAACGGAGAAAUAACAAGUUAUAGCUUUCAACGAGACAUUCACAUACCGAUUAA